AUGCCAGAUCAGCAAGUCUUGGACCCGGCUCUUCAGCCUGCGCCCGUUGAUCCGGCUCUUCUACCCCACCAGCAAGGACAACAGGCGCCGUUGCCCGGCGUGGCGAUUGUCGACCCUUCCCUUCAACCUCAGGGAAUGCCAACGAUUGAUCCAGCUUUACAUCCUCAAUACGCGCAGUCUGUGCACGCAUUGCCGCCUGGUGCUAUCCCUGUUCACUCGAUCCCUGUCGGACACCCCAUGCAGGUCAUGCCAGCGCAGUACGGUCAGCCCGCAAUGCAUUAUCAGCAAGUGCAGCAAGUCGUCCCUGGCCAACCUACGGAACUUCCUCGCCCUUACAAGUGCCCUAUGUGCUCAAAGGCCUUCCACCGUCUCGAACACCAGACCCGACACAUCCGCACUCACACUGGUGAGAAGCCGCAUGCAUGCACUCACCCCGGGUGCUCCAAACGUUUUUCUAGGUCGGAUGAGUUGACGCGUCACGCACGUAUCCAUUCGAACCCCAACUCAAGGAGAAAUAACACGAAGAGUGCGGCUGUUGCGGCGUCUUAUGCCGCAAGCUCUGCGCAUGCGGCAAUGCUGGCCCAGCAUCUUCAGCACCAACAGGAUGCGUUGAUGAUGCCUCCUCCUUCUCACCGCUCGAAUUACACCACCCCUAAUCAGUCUGCGCAUUCAUCCCCUGCCGUCUCGCCACCUCACCAUUACGCGCGUACCGCUUAUACCAACGGAUCCUCUAACCCCGGCAACGAGAACGAAACGAUGCAUGUACUUGCUGCUGCUGCGGCCCACCAACUUGAACGCGAGCGUUCGCAGAGCACGGGAACGAGCAACUCCCCUGCAGCUCAAGGGUCGGGUGCGUCUUCUCCUGCUUCAGGAUUGCACACUCACCCCGGGAGCGCAGGGUCCAUGCCUACCAAUGGCUAUAGCUCACACCACUACCCCCCUCCUCCCUCCUACUCCGAUGCUCACUUGAACCACAAUCACAACCAGCACCACAACAACCACAGCCAUACCCAACACCACCAUUCGCACAUGUCGCUACCACAUUUGAAUCACAACCACCAUCGCCCCGCGCAGCAUAGUCAGCUGAGUCCCUUUCCGCACGCACAUUUCGGAGCGAGCAGAAUACACUCCCAACCCAUGAGUCGACAGCAUUCGCACGAAGAGGAGGAUCCGUAUAUGGCACAUAGGCACGCGAAGAGGAGUAGACCCGGGAGUCCUGUCAGUACUGCGCCCCCGAGUCCGACGUUCUCGCAUCAUGGCGAUUCGGCGAGUCCGACGCCUGAUCACACUCCCCUCGCUACACCUGCGCAUUCACCGAGGUUGCACCCGAUGGAUGUGCAUCUUCCCAGUAUCCGCUCUCUGAGUCUUCGUCAUCACCCUCCACCCCUCGCACCUCUCGAAGUCGAUCCCAGCCAUUACAAUGGUAUCAAGGAUUUACACGAGGCGUCGAUUGGAUCGAGGCUUGGUGAUAUUCUUGAGAAGCAUUCUGGUGCUGAGAGAAAGUUGCCGAUUCCGAAGGUCAGUGUUGCGGAGUUACUGGGUACUGGCUCCAGGCCCAGUUCCAGACCGGGGAGUGGAGCGAACACGCCCGCUGGGGGUCGUUCGCCUUCGCUUUCUAGUGCUACGUUGGGUGGAACCCCGCCUACUUUGCCGUCUGCCGAUCGGUUUUCUUAA